UUGGUGUGCGCGGUCGCCACAUGCGUUAUGCGCGUCCGUUACGUUUUGCCUAAUUUGUUCUAACACUAUCAGCGCUGUUGCUGUUCACCACUCACCGUGCACUAACGUGUUUGCAUUACAAUUUAUAACGGAUCCGUCUUAAACGUCUGCGCUUCGUUACUCGACACAGGGUCAAUUCACUCUUACCCGUCCAUCGUUUACCCGUUCGCCACGGUGUCGACUUUCUCCGCGACGAACCGAUAGCACCCCGCCGCCGCCUCCGUCGUUCGCUUCCGAACUGUUUCGCGCCACGUCGACGUAUCGUACCGUUACCACCGCAACACACUAGCCAUGUCGCUGGAAGACGUAGAGAACAUCAAGAAGCGCAUCGAGAACUUCAAGAAAACGCUGAUGGAGCUUACCGAGACGCCGCCGCCCGGUGUCGAUCCGUCGGCCGAGCACAAGGUUCGUGAGAUGUCCGCCGAGGUGGUGGAUUCGAACCCAUACAGUCGGCUAAUGGCCCUGCAACGUAUGGGCAUAGUGAACAACUACCAGGACAUCAGGAAGUACACCGUAGUCGUGGUCGGCGUUGGCGGAGUCGGUAGCGUUACCGCGGAAAUGCUUACGCGUUGCGGAAUAGGAAAGCUAAUACUGUUUGACUAUGAUAAAGUGGAGUUGGCCAACAUGAACCGUCUCUUUUAUCAGCCUUCUCAGGCGGGUUUAAGUAAGGUUUCUGCUGCAUCCAUGACCCUGACAAGAAUUAAUCCAGAUGUCCAGAUAGAAACUUACAACACAAACAUUACAUUGACUACCCAAUUCGAAGAGUUCAUGAAUGUUUUGAAAACUGGAGGAAUUAAUGGCGAUCGAGUGGAUUUGGUAUUGAGCUGUGUAGAUAAUUACGAAGCUCGAAUGGCCAUUAAUACAGCUUGCAAUGAAUUAUCAUUAAACUGGUUUGAGUCCGGUGUUAGUGAAAAUGCUGUUUGCGGACAUAUUCAGUACCUAGUACCUGGAGAAUCGGCUUGUUUCUCUUGUGCACCUCCAUUGGUUGUUGCUUCAGAAAUAGAUGAAAAAACAUUGAAAAAAGAUGGUGUUUGUGCAGCAAGUUUACCAACCACAAUGGGUGUUGUUGCAGGGCUGCUUGUUCAAAAUACCCUAAAAAAACUGUUAGGUUUUGGAACAGUUUCGUGGUACUUAGGAUACAACGCGCUUACAGAUUUUUUCCCGAGCAUGAUGAUCAAACCAAAUCCUAAUUGUAGUGACAGGUUCUGUAUUAUGCGACAAGAAGAAUUUUUAAAUCGAGUAAAAACAGAACCACAAUGCACAAAUGAAGAAUUGUUAGAAGACAAGGUUAUUCAUGAAGAUAAUGCAUGGGGCAUAUUGUUGGCAGACGAUGACACCACAGCAGUGUCUAACGAAGCAACUGCUGAAUUUGUAACAACACCAAAAGCAGAAAAUAUAAACAAAAACACUAGCAUUAAAAGCGAAGAAGAAUAUUUGUCAUUGAACGAUGGAUUAGAAUUUGCCUAUCCAUCGGCUGAUCAAACGGCUCCCAAUGAAGAAUCCUUAGUAAAAGACACGGAUUUAACCGUUGAUGAACUCCGAGCACAAAUGUCAUUGUUAUAAUAGCAAUGUAAAUUAUAUGUUACUAUUUUUAAUAA